AAAUCAAAAAAUUACCCGUUAACCACUUACGUUGACACCGAAUAAUCGCCAUAUAUUAUCCUCGAAUUACGACAAUUGGAGAUGAUUCUGGUUCCUUCACCAUCGCCUGGACAAUCUCUGUUCGCUAAAUUUCAGCCGAUUUUCGACGCCACGUGAGGAUGCAGAGGGGAAGAGAAAGGAGAGAUGAUUUCUUUGGCAUGGCUGACCCUUUUGGUAAUUUCGGUGGCUUUGGCAUGAGGCCCAGCCUAUAUGGAGGGCGGGAUCCAUUUGAUGACCCGUUCUUUACUCGCCCUUUUAGGAGCAUGUUUCAAUCUUCAAAUUCUUCUACUAGUGAUGUGUCGCAAACCAAUGGAGCAAAAGGAAUAGUUAUAGAGGAAUUAAACUCUGAUGAUGAGAGCGAAAAAGAGAAAGAGACAGACACUGGCUUGGAGAAUGAACCAUCAGUUGAGCAUCCCGAUGACGGUUUUGAUGCAGAAGAGAAGAGCAAGACUGUGAAUCAUGGGAGUGAUUAUAACAGGAUAGAAGGGACUAAGUCUCAGGCUCGCAGUUUCAGUUUCCAGACUUGCAAAGUCACAUAUGGUGGAGUAGAUGGAGCGUAUUACACUUCUACAAGGACCAGAAGGGCAGGCAACGAUGGAGUAAUUGUUGAGGAGAGCAAAGAAGCAGACAAAACAACAGGCCAAGCAACACAUAGGAUCUCUAGAGGGAUUCAUGAUAAGGGCCAUUCAGUCACAAGGAAGCUUACUUCAGAUGGCAAGGUUGACACAAUGCAAACCCUGCACAAUUUGAAUGAAGAUGAACUUGCUGGUUUUGAAGAAGCAUGGAAGGGUAAUGGCAAAAGACAGUUGCCUGACCGGAGUGAUCAAUUCGAUAUGCAUGGUACUGCAGGUUCUAGCAACAGCAAACAGAAGGGCAUGGCAACCUGGGGAGGCUGGGCACUUCCAUCUGCAGAACAAUCCCAUAUUACUGAACCAACGUCUGCAGGAAGAACCAAAAAGGUUGUUAGGAUCAACAUAGAUUGAGAGAUACAUAAUGAAAAUUAUGGUGCUUGCUUAUAUAGUUCCUACAGUAGAAUUAGUAAUGGAGCGGCCAAGUGUUUUAGGAGGUCUUGGUGGUAUCAUCUUUGUCUAUUCCGAGACUAUACAUAAAAACAAUUGUUUGGCUUAAACAAUAAGUUCCAUGCUCGAAUUUCUGGAGCUUUGGUUUUCAGGUUGUAUGAAGGUGAUUUUGACUUUC